AUGCCCCUGUGGUCCCUGGGCUUCUUUGCCGCGGUCCUGGUGGGCAGCGUGUUGUCGUCCUUCAACUCUGCGCUGAAUUCGGCGGCCACCAUCUUCGGGUUGGAAAUCUACAAGGUCUACAUCAACAAGGACGCCUCUGACAAGCGAAUUGUGAAUGUGUCCACCAUCUUUGGCGCAGCCAUGACUUUGGGCUCCUUUGUAGUGGCACCGCUCUUACAGCACAUCGAUGGGAUUUUCAGUUUCCAGCAACAUGUGAAUACCAUUGUGUCGCUGCCUUUAGUGGUGGUGUUUUUGGUGGGUGUUUGCAGUUCGAUCCCGGAUGCCUUUGCGGCAAAGUUCGGCUUUGCUGUGGGCGUCGUGGCCAUCAUUGGCGGAUUGUUUGUUCCUGAAGAAAAACUCCAUUAUUUCCACACCUUCUUCAUUGCCUUCGUCCUUGCGGAGCUGGCCGUCUGCAUGGCCACCUACCUGCCGUGUCUGCGGCGCUGCUUCGGGGCCAAAGUGCCGAGGCCGGAGGCGCACGUGCACCGCCUGGCCAACCUGGUGGAGAUGAGCCCUUGGAGGUGCCACAAAUGGGGAGAUCACUGGGAGAUCACUGUUUUAUAUUGUUUUUUUAAGUUGGUUUGUUUGAUGGUUUUCUUGAUGGAUUUAUAUGGUAUUUUUUGGAUUUAUCUAUGGAUUUAUAUACGGGUAUGUAUAUCAUAUAGUAUAUCAUAUAGUAUAUCAUAUAGUAUAUCAUAUAGUAUAUCAUAUAGUAUAUCAUAUAGUAUAUAUAUAUAUACUGAAUAUUGUCUGGAUUUACGCGAUUUUAGCUGA